CAUCGGAAAAGAGAGAAAAAAACCGUCAGCCGCCGGUGCCGCCACAGCCAGGCCUCCUCCUUGCCCCUUGGCUCCUCCCUGCUCCGGCCACCGGUGACCGCAGCCUUCACCCUUCACUCCCCCGCCACAGCCAGGACUCCUCCCUGCCCCUUCCCCCGCUCCGGCCACAGCCACAGCAAUAUCAGGGAAAUUUUGAGGCAUGGAGGACGAAGAAAACAUCGAGGAAGAACUUUUGCUGGUGGAGUCAGAACUCCAUGGCCUACAAGACAAAAUCAAAAUGCUACUUGAUCGCCAAGAAGAAUUGUAUGAGCGCCAAUCACAGUUGCAGGCUUUGCUAGAAAUAUCUAAAACUUCCAGAGAUGCAGCAAGUAGUGCCCCUUCAGUUGCUCCGGAAGACUGGUCCGGAAAGUUUUCAUGGGAUUCUCAGGCUGACGACAUUCGAUUUAAUGUAUUUGGUAUAUCCUCCUACAGAUCAAACCAACGAGAAAUAAUCAACUCAAUCAUGAGUGGAAAAGAUGUUCUGGUUAUAAUGGCUGCUGGUGGAGGGAAGAGCCUAUGCUAUCAACUUCCAGCUGUACUUCGUGAUGGAAUUGCACUUGUCGUCAGUCCUUUGCUUUCGCUUAUUCAGGACCAGGUCAUGGGACUGACAGCUUUAGGUAUACCAGCGUACAUGUUAACUUCCACUACCAACAAGGAAGUUGAGAAGUUAAUCUAUAAGGCACUUGAGAAAGGUGAAGGGGAAUUGAAGAUAUUAUACGUGACACCUGAAAAGAUAUCCAAAAGUAAAAGGUUCAUGUCUAAGCUUGAGAAAUGCCAUCAUGCUGGGCGUCUUUCUCUUGUUGCAAUAGACGAGGCACACUGCUGCAGUCAGUGGGGGCACGAUUUCCGUCCAGACUACAAGAAUCUGGGCAUUUUGAAGAUCCAGUUUCCCAGCGUUCCCAUGAUAGCUUUAACUGCAACUGCAACGAGUAAAGUGCAAAUGGAUUUGAUAGAGAUGCUUCAUAUCCCUAGAUGCGUCAAGUUUGUCAGCACUGUUAACAGGCCCAACCUUUACUAUAAGGUAUAUGAGAAAUCAUCAGUUGGGAAGGUUGUUAUUGAUGAGAUCGCAAAUUUCAUAACCGAAUCAUAUCCAAAUAAAGAAUCUGGAAUUGUGUAUUGUUUUUCUAGGAAGGAAUGCGAACAGGUUGCGAAAGAACUGCGUGAAAGGGGUAUUGCAGCAGAUUAUUAUCAUGCAGAUAUGGAUUCUGUUGCUCGUGAGAAAGUUCAUAUGCGUUGGAGUAAAAGCAAAUCACAGGUCAUUGUUGGAACAGUGGCAUUUGGAAUGGGAAUCAACAAACCAGACGUCAGGUUUGUGGUUCAUCAUAGCCUUAGCAAGUCUAUGGAGACAUACUACCAGGAAAGUGGUCGGGCAGGGAGAGAUGGACUACCUUCAGAAUGUGUUUUGUACUACCGGCCUGGUGACGUUCCUCGCCAGAGUUCGAUGGUCUUCUAUGAGAACUGUGGCCUGCAAAAUCUGUAUGACAUAGUACGAUAUUGUCAGUCUAAGAAAAGCUGUCGUCGUGGCGCUUUCUUUCAACAUUUUGGAGAGGCUGUGCAGGAAUGCAACGGAAUGUGUGACAACUGUGCUUCUAGUAUUGAGCUCAAGGACAUCGAUGCUACCUAUCAUACCAAAAUCAUCGUUUCACUUCUCCAAGACAUGCAACAUAAUGACCAGAGAGCUACAUUGCUGCAGCUGGUGGAUAAGUUCAAGACAAAGUGGAAACAUUCAGGUUGUUCAAAUGAAGCAGUUGAUCUUAAGAAGGAAGAAAUUGAGCAGUUGAUAGUUCAACUUAUAAUUGACCGUGUUUUGAAAGAAGAAUUUCAGCAUACAGCAUAUACAACCAAUGCAUAUGUUGCCCUAGGACCACUGUGGAAGCUAGCAUUGCAAGGAAACAGACCGGUGAAGCUAACUGGUGCCAUUCACUCUCAAGAUACUGGUGGUGCAUCCAAAAGUACAAAGCGUAGUCAGAUGAGCAAUUUGGAAGCUAAGCUUGAUGACCUGCGUAGAACUAUCUCUUCUGAUAAUGGAGGCAUAUUCCCCCAUGCAGUUCUGUCCACGCAGCAAAUUUCCCUGCUAAGCAGCCAUAAACCAACCACUAUAGCCGAGCUUGAAAAUCUUAUAGGGAAGGUAAAGGCGGACAAGUACGGCAGUGAUAUCAUUGAGGUGAUGCAGUCAGAAAUCGACGGUGGAAAGGACAGUGGUGAGAAUGGAGCUAAAAGGCAAAAGAAGGAUAAAGAUGUUGUUUUAGUUGAGAGUAGCGAGGAGGAAGCCUAACAUCAGCAUGGAUAAGUCGAGUGUGCAUGGUUGUGAAAUGUUUACACAAAUCACCCUACACGAGCAGAGUGGAAACAAAUAGUAUUAGCAAACAAGGAUGAGUGACCGGCAACGUGACAGUAGAUUUAGCGAGUUGCUUCUACUGUUCAACCGUAAUAUUGAUUCUCUAGGGGACAUACAUUGUUGAUUUGUAGUGCUGACCUGAAUGUUUCAUGUGAAAGCUGGCUUCCAUAUUUUGGUCUGAAUUUUUUUCCAAAACAUUUCUGGCCGUUUAAUUGAUUUGCUUUGGAUUACCGGGCUGAA